CUCUUUCCUGUUUCCAUAAGUCACCUGACACACUGAGCUCGAGGUCCUGAGAACAACUGGUUAGACGACAAACAGCUGCCCAAGUGACUUAUUUCUGCUAUUUAAGUUGGGAACUACGAGAGUUACCGUAGUGAUAAGUGUCUUUUUGAGUUUACGUCGUUAUUUGAGUUGUUAAACGAUGGUUUCGUGUUUAUUUUGCGGUCCCAAGUUGGCCGCCUGCGGUAUUGUCAUCAGCAUCUGGGGAGUCAUAAUGCUGGCAAUGUUGGGUAUUUUCUUCACCACCCACUCUGCAGUGCUGAUAGAGGAUGUGCCUUUCAAAGAGGAAGACAUGCACAACGAUCAAAACCCUCCCCACAACAUCUACAACCUCUAUAACCAGGUUGGAUACAACUGUUUCAUUGCAGCGGGUAUCUACGUGCUGGUUGCUGCUCUCUCCUUCUGCCAGAUUAAACUCAACCAUCGCAAGGAGUACAUGGUGCGCUAGCACCACCUACUGGACUGGCCAUGGUACUGCAGCACUAACACCAUCUGCUGGACUGGUCAUGGUACUGCAGGCUGCAGCACCACCGCCUGACACUGUCUGGAGAAGAGUGGCUUUUUCCGUAAAUGUUCUGUUUUAAAUCUGAAUGAAUGGUAGCCAGGGUUGGGGCCGAUUCCAGACAAUUCAGGAAGUACCCUGAAAUUCCAAUUCCAAUGAGGAAAAUGUUGGAUUGGAAUUUGGUUUACUUUCUGAAUUGACUGGAAUUGAAAUGGAAUUGACCCAAACCCUGAUGAUAGCAUUGUUAUUGUCUGUCUGUGUCCUGAUUCUCCACACUUAUCCCAAAGUGUGCACCUGUACAGUCGCCAUCAUGGAUUUAAAACCAUGGGAUUGAUGUAUGAAUUGGCUAGAGGGAGUUUCCAGCACUCUUAAAUCCAUGGGCGGGAGUAUACAAGUGCACAUUUUGGAAGAAGUGUGGAGAAUUGGGAUUCAGCCUCUGUAUGUGUAUGAUCAAUAUAUUUGUUAAUCACUAACACCUUGCUAUUAUUUAUCUGCUGAAAUCAAAUCACCAGAGUUCUAUUAUUUCCUAGCUAGCGUCUUCAGAACUCGGAAUAAUAACUGCUUUAUGUUAAUUCACUGUGCCCGUCUUCCCCUCAGGUAAAAAAUCUCUCUCGAAAUUUCUCAAAUGAUAGUUGUAUUUGUUUGAAGCCUUAACUUGUUUAGAAGCUGCACAGAAGUUUGAUCUGUGUGUUUUUAGAACUUCUAGAACUUUCUCCUAAUCUAGUGUGCCUUUAUUAUGCGACAGAAGCUGUUCUUUGUGUGUUCUAGUGCUUCUCAGAAUGUUCUAUUCUAAUCUAGUGCCUUAUUGGACAGAAGCUGGUUUUUUUCUGCCUUCUCAUGGACUGUUCACAGUCAGAUCUUUUGUUUUGGAAAUCUCAAAAGUUUUGACGUUUGUCAUGUAAUAAAUCCUGAUUGUUGA